ACAAGAAGACACACGUGAGGGCAUCUUCCUCAAAUCCUUUCUGGGAUUACGAAAUUUUAGUUCAGUGUUCAGUUGUAAUUCCGAAGUCCACAGUCGUUGAUUGUCUAAAGCAAAUAAAUAUUGAAUGACAUCUUCUAUCAAACCCUCUUCAAAGAUUAGUAUUAUUAGAUAUUUUAAUAUGUAAGAAAACAAGGAUUUUCAAAGUUCAUGGCUACCUAUUGAAUUAAUUUUAAAAUUAAAAACAAAUUCAUAUUAGAGUUCGGUUCCAACUGAGGGAAGAUGUAUCAGUUCACGGUGAGGAAUUCCAUUGGAAAGUCUUUUCUUUGGCGUAACCUUGUUUACCAACAAAUAAGAGGUAGUCAUGGCACGGUCCAAGAAAUCCAUAAGCCCAUCAAGAAAAUUUUGGUGGCUAACAGAGGGGAAAUCGCCAUCCGCGUUUUCCGAGCAUGCACUGAACUUGGCAUCCGAUCUGUUGCUGUGUAUUCCGAGCAGGACAAAAUGCACAUGCACCGUCAAAAAGCAGAUGAAUCGUACUUGAUUGGAAAAGGCCUACCUCCUGUUCAAGCGUAUCUAAAUAUUCCAGAAAUAAUUAAAAUCGCCCAGGAAAACAGCAUUGAUGCUAUCCAUCCUGGAUAUGGCUUUCUGUCUGAAAGGGCAGAUUUUGCUCAAGCUUGUUUGGCAGCUGGUAUUCGAUUUAUUGGCCCGUCUCCUGUGGUUAUGGAAAAGAUGGGGGAUAAAGUUUCAGCUCGGAAAUCUGCUAUAGCUGCUGAUGUAAAAGUAGUUCCUGGUACUGAUACUCCUAUCAUAGAUUUGAAAGAUGCCACCAACUUUGUUGAGCAGCAUGGACUUCCUAUUAUCUUGAAAGCUGCUUAUGGCGGUGGUGGGAGAGGGAUGCGUGUAGUGAAGAAUAUGGCGGAAUUUGAAGAGCUUUUUAACCGUGCUGUCUCUGAAGCUACAGCUGCUUUUGGCAAUGGAUCUGUGUUUAUCGAAAAAUUUAUAGAAAAACCACGUCAUAUAGAGGUUCAGAUAUUAGGUGAUAAUUAUGGCAAUGUUGUGCAUCUGUUUGAAAGAGACUGCUCAGUUCAAAGAAGGCAUCAAAAAGUUGUCGAAAUUGCACCUGCUCCUAAUUUUAGUGCAUCAAUCCGACAGAAAAUGACUGAUGAUGCCAUUAGGUUAGCCAAAUCAGUUGGCUAUCAGAAUGCUGGAACAGUUGAAUUCCUUUUGGAUGAAAAAGGAGAUCACUAUUUUAUUGAAGUGAAUGCCCGAUUGCAAGUGGAGCAUACAGUUAGUGAAGAAAUUACUGGGAUCGAUUUAGUACAGUCCCAGAUUAAGUUAUGUGAGGGCUACAGUUUGCCUGAAUUAGGAAUGCAGCAAGACCAUAUUCACAUGAAAGGCUGUGCAAUUCAAUGUAGAGUUACUACAGAAGAUCCAGCUAAAAACUUUCAGCCUGACACAGGACGUAUUGAGGUUUUCCGCAGUGGCGAAGGUUUUGGUAUUCGAUUGGAUGGAGCUUCUGCUUUUGCAGGGGCUGUGAUUUCUCCCUAUUACGAUUCUCUUCUAGUGAAAGUAAUUGCACAUGCAAAAGAUCUGACUGCCACUGCUUCCAAAAUGAACCGAGCUCUCAGGGAAUUUCGUAUCAGAGGAGUCAAAACAAAUAUUCCCUUCCUCCUGAAUGUUCUGGAAAAUCCCAAAUUUUUAAGUGGCACCAUUGACACCAACUUCAUCGAUGAAAAUCCUCUUCUAUUCCAAUUCGAAGCCACACAGAACAGAGCCCAAAAAUUACUUCGAUACAUCGGAGAAGUGAUGGUGAACGGACCAACCACACCUCUUUCGACGAACUUGAAACCUUCGGACUUGGAUCCGCAUGUCCCAGAAAUACCUGCAGGUUUCAAGCCAUCGAAAGGUUUUCGAGAUAUCCUACUACGAGAAGGCCCGGAGGCAUUCAGUAAAGCUGUGCGCAAUCACAAAGGCCUGCUGUUGAUGGACACUACAUUCCGGGACGCUCAUCAGUCGCUGUUAGCCACAAGAGUUCGUUCUUUUGAUCUAUUGAAAAUAUCGCCCUACGUGGCUCACAGUUUCAACAAUUUUUACAGUCUUGAAAACUGGGGAGGUGCGACGUUUGAUGUUGCCAUGCGUUUCCUGCAUGAAUGCCCCUGGGAGAGACUCCAGGCCAUGCGGAAUCUCAUUCCUAACAUUCCUUUCCAAAUGCUGCUGAGGGGAGCCAAUGCCGUGGGCUACACUUCAUACCCAGACAAUGUUGUCUUUAAGUUCUGUGAGAUGGCUAAACAGUGUGGGAUGGAUAUAUUCCGGGUGUUUGAUUCCUUAAACUAUGUCCCUAACCUUCUUCUUGGAAUGGAGGCUGCUGGAAAUGCAGGUGGUGUUGUUGAAGCUGCUAUCUCUUACACUGGAGAUGUUUCUAAUCCUAAACGUACAAAGUAUGAUCUGAAUUAUUAUCUAAAUUUGUCUGAUGAAUUAGUGAAAGCUGGUACGCACAUCUUAUGCAUCAAGGACAUGGCAGGUCUUUUGAAACCCCAGGCUGCGAAACUGCUGGUGACCGCCCUCCGAGAUCGCCACCCUGAUAUUCCUAUUCACAUUCACACCCACGACACGGCCGGAGCAGGAGUUGCCUGCAUGCUGGCCUGCGCAGAGGCUUCUGCAGAUGUUGUAGACGUGGCAGUUGACUCUAUGUCUGGCAUGACUUCUCAACCCAGUAUGGGAGCUAUUGUGGCUUGUUUGGAUGGUACAGAUCGCGAUACUGGCAUUGCCCUCGAAAAGGUGUCUCAGUACUCCGCAUUCUGGGAGCAGACCCGCACCCUGUACGCACCAUUCGAGUGCACCGUGACCAUGAAGAGUGGGAACGCCGACGUGUACGAGAACGAGAUACCCGGCGGACAGUACACCAAUCUGCAGUUCCAGGCGUUCAGUCUGGGCCUGGGAGAGCACUUCGAAAAGAUAAAAAAAGCGUACGCAGAAGCGAACAAGCUUCUUGGAGAUCUCAUUAAGGUGACGCCCACUUCGAAAGUCGUCGGCGACCUGGCGCAGUUCAUGGUGCAGAACAAGCUCUCCGCGAAGGAGAUCGAGGAGCGGGCCGAGGACCUCAGCUUCCCCAGUUCCGUGAUCGAGUUCAUGCAAGGUUACAUCGGGAUACCCCACGGAGGAUUCGUCGAACCUCUCCGCUCCAAGAUUCUGAAAGACAUGGUCAGAAUCGAAGGGCGUCCCGGGGCCAGUCUGCCUGCCCUGGACUUCGACAAACUGAAAGCUGAUUUGGAAGACAAGCACGGAAUGGCCGUCGACGACCAGGACGUCAUGAGCGCCGCCAUGUAUCCCAAAGUGUGCGAUGACUUCUUACAGUUCCGGAACACGUACGGCCCCGUCGACUGCCUCAACACCAGGAUUUUUCUCGUCGGACCCAAAGUGGCUGAAGAAUUUGAGGUGAAUAUCGAAAAGGGCAAAACUUUGCACAUCAAGACCCUUGCGGUGUCCGAGGAAAAGAACAGCGCCGGCGAAAGAGAAGUGUUCUUCGAGCUGAACGGCCAACUGCGAUCCGUGUUUAUCCGGGAUAAGUCUGUGAAGGAGGAGGUCCACGUGCGCCCUAAAGCAGACAAGACGAAAAAGGGUUCCGUGGGCGCACCCAUGCCGGGCACUGUCAUCGACGUCAAGGUCGAAGAGGGCAAACAGGUGAACAAGGGUGACGCCAUGAUCAUCCUGAGCGCCAUGAAGAUGGAGAUGGUCGUGCAGGCCCCCGUCUCCGGGAAAGUCAAGAAAGUGCACGCAGCGAAGGACAUGAAGGUGGAAGGCAACGAUCUGCUGGUGGACAUCGAGGAGUGAGGAGUGCACGUCGUCAUUCGGAUGGAUGAUUUCUCCUCUGAUGGUAGAACGUGCAGCAUUUAAAAUUCUUGUUGUACAUAAUUUUUUCGGGAUGAUCCUAUGUAAAAUCUUAUGGUUUUUUUUUUGGGGGGGGGGGGCGAAUCGCUAAUUUGCAGCAUGACAUGAUUCAUCUAUUUGGUUGAUAAUUAUUUGCCUUUUAAUUUUAGAAUGGGCAGUAUUAAAGUUCCUGUUGUAUAUGUAAAUAUUAUAAAAAAAUGGAGGAGAAUGUACUCAAUUUCAACUAAUGAGGUUAUUAAUUUGUUUUAUAAAUGAUUUAUGAUAGCUAGAAAUAUUUCUAUUUUGCACUAAAAUGAAUACAAUUGAUCUUUUAUUUUAAUGAUUUUCAUGAAAUGAAAAUCUCCAAGUGAUCAUGCUAAAUGCAUAGGAAUGAAAAAAAGUAUAUAUAUAUUAGUUUUGUCUUUUAUAUUAGUAUCUGCUGUUUUUCUUUAUACUCUUUUUUUAUGUAUUGUCUUUUAUGUUCUUGCUGAUUUUAUAAUUAUAUUCUUGGUCAAAGUUAUUGCAUUAAAUUUGUGAUACCUUUUGUACACUUAAGUGUGUUUGAUUUAAAAAGUAUUUUGAAAAUUUAUUUCUUGACAUUUUUAUUGAACAUGUAUGUAAUCAUUUGAUAAGUAUUAUUCCUUGUUUAAAAUGAUGGUAUGGAUUUUGAACACAGUGCAUCUUGAUGCUCAUCAUCUUUUUGAUGGAUGAAUAUCUGUUGACUUGACUUCUGAUUUUAGGAUGAGCUGCAUUAACGAAUCUUAUGUAAGAAGGCAUAGAGAUGAUGAUUCCAAAGUUUUCUUUAUCAAAAUGUCCUCUUAUUUAAAAAUGAUUCUUCUCUCCUUUUUAUAAAAAGAUUGUAUUGUGUUUUUACAGAUAUUUUUCCUCUUAUUUUGGUUUUCAUGAUUUUAUGAAUCUGUACCUUAUCUUAUGAACUUAGUACCUGCUUUUUAUGCGUUAUUUUUAUUUUAAAACUGAUCAUAAAAAUUUCUUGUCUGGUGAACAUUAUUAAACUCAUAUCACUUUUCAGCUGUAAAUAAUAAUUUAAAAUUUUCUCUUGAUUUUUUAAAAUAAUUUUUAAUUGCUUUGUAAAAAAAACAUUGCCUUUCCUUUUAAAUGGUUUGAAUGUAUUUUGCAGAUUGAUUUUAAUUACUGAAUUUAUUUUGGAUUUGAAGUAAUUCUUAUUUUUGGGAAUGUAUUUGAGGCACUGAAAACCAGUUCAACUUAUCUUUAUUACUUUAAGCAAUUAAACAAUUAUUCACUGAUGUCAUUUUAAUGGUGCCAAUUCUAGUGCCAAUGCUUGCAGAGAUCUCGGAUUUAGAUACAGAAUUUUUCGAUUUUGUGAGAUGUUCAGAUAAAUCCAUUUAUAGUCCUUUCAUCGAUGACUUCACAUUUGAAUGAAAUAGUGCCCUUGUUUCUAUAGUCAUAUUUUGAAUGAUUAUUUUUUUUGUUCCGAUUUUCUAUAUCUAACACAUAAUUUUAUUUUUAAUGAAAUCAUACAUUUAUUUUAUAAUGAAAUCAUUUCUGCUAUCUGUAAAUACACUGUAGCCCAUCUAACUAGUCAUUUUUAAAUUUUUCAUAUUUUUUUAUAGUCUUAUGAUGAUCCUCACUAAAAGAAGCUGAAAGUAUUGCUUUUUAAGCUAUAAAUGACUCUUUAACCCUUUGAAUCAUGUUACAUUAUUAAUGGAAGCUGAAAAAUUUUCUAACUGAAUUCUAACGUUUUAUUGCUUCAAUGCACGUGAAAUUUUCAAACCGUGUUUCAGACAAACUUUUUUUUAUGUAUUAUUAUUAUUAGGUCUUGUAUAUGACUAUUCAUACAGCAUCUUACAGUUGAAUAAUUUUUAUGCAUUUAUAUUGUUAAUAGAAACACAAAUGCAAUUUCCAAAAAAGAAUAAAGGAUAAAAAAAAGUAUAUUUUUUAAUAGGUGUUUGCUAUUAUUCCUUUUGUGCCAAUUAUUUUAUUUGUAUAAAACUUAAUAUACGUAAAAUAAGUAGUUUUCUGAUUAAAAAUAGAUAAAAUAUAUUAUUUAUAGAUUGACACAUUUUCUUAUGAAACAUGAAAUGAAUUUGAAGUGCCACCACGAUCCCAAUCCUGAAAAAUAUUAUAAACUUAUUGCAUAAAAACUGUAAACAUAAACCCAUUCCAGUUAAAGGGCACAGUUUCAAAUUCAGAAACCAAAGAGAUGAAGCGCUUCGUUUUCCCAUGUCCAUUCAUGUACAGGAUACAACUGCAGCUUGCAUUGAAUCUUUUAAAAGAAAAACGAUAUUGAUGUGUAAUUAAAUUAACAUAUUUGAACUGUACUUUUUUCACAGCUUUGAUUUCAGAUUUUUAAUUAUGUAUUCCAAUUUUUGUUAUUCGACUUUUUUCCCCUUAUAAAACAUGAAUGCUUUUUAACUCUUUAAAUACCAUCCUGUGCCCAAAAAUCUUUUGUAUUUGACUUCCAUUCUUUCGCACAAGAAGCUGCACAUUUGGAAAGAUGACCGGAAUAAGUUUGUAAUUAAAAAUAUGUUAAAAUGAAGAAAAAAAUAAGCUGCAAAAUCUAAAUACAUAGGUGUAUAAAAUCCAACGUUAUUCAGAGAAUGCUAGGAAAUAGACAUAUCUGUUAAAGAAAAUAAACACGGUUCGAAAAUAUGGUUAGUGCACAACACGAAAAUGCAGCUGAGAGAAAGAGAGAGAGAAAAUAAAUGGAAUAAAAAAAUACACCGCCUGCUUAAAUGUGUUUUUGAAUGAAAACUGUACAUUUUUUUAUUAUCUUCACAGUAAUGUUCCUCCCCUAUCCCACCUAAGGAAUGGGCAUGCCCCAGACCAACUUCUGAUUUCAUUGCAUUCCAAAGUAGUGGCAACAGACAUCCAACAAAUGAAAGAACUGCUGAGGAAAUGAAUGCAUAGUCUAUGAAUCUGAAAUAGAGAGCAUGGCCCAACAGUUAAUUUCUAAAUCUUUAGAGAUAGGCAUAUAGUUUCAGUUGGUACGUGGUGCAAAGAAUUAUAUUUUACUUUUUUGUUCGUAGAUAUGAAUCUUGAUGCAGUCAUUUAUCUAAUUCUUCUUAGCACACACACACAUAAUUCUGUUUCUGAAAUUUUAAUAUAUUAAGUAUGUUUAAUAAGAAAGGGGGGGGCUGGAAAAAUAUUUAGAUUUCGUAAAUUUGCGGUAUAACAUGAAUCGAUUCAAAGAGCACAAAACAUAAAUCUCUGCCAUUUCUCCUUUGGAAGUACAUGCCCACUUCUAAUGGACAUCCCAGUUGUGUAUUCAAGCGGCAAGUGAAUGGUUUCAAUGAAUCACUGCUGAGAAUUCCAAAAUCAUUUAUUGUCAGUGAACUACUGCUUCCAGAACUCCGUCGAUACAAUAGUUCUUCCAAAAUAAAUGCAAAAUAGAGGAGUAAUUUAAUUCUGAAAAUAAACGUGAGUGAUCUCGAAGUCUACUCUGGUUGUUUGUAUAGUGUUAAGCAUGAAAGUACUUAAGUGUGUUCUUGUAUUAUAGAAAUGAUAGGUCGAGAUUGAGAAUUUUUCUAUUUUUGUACUGUCGUUGAAUUAUUGAAGUUGUUCAUGAGCACAUUUAGGAUUUUUUUUUUUCUUCCCUUUAGCUUUUUGAUAUAUUUUGUACUGAAGUACAUAUAUUUAGUUUACUAUAUAUUGUCAGAAUUGUUGUUGCAAAUGAUGUAUUGUUCAAAUAAAUAAUUUUCAACUUCA